UUCAAUCGUCAACCAAGAACACGCAAUCAUGUCUGGAAGAGGUAAAGGAGGAAAGGGACUCGGAAAGGGAGGCGCCAAGCGUCAUCGCAAGGUCUUGCGUGACAACAUCCAGGGUAUCACCAAGCCCGCCAUCCGCCGUCUGGCUCGCCGUGGUGGUGUCAAGCGUAUCUCCGGUCUGAUCUACGAAGAGACCCGUGGUGUCCUCAAGGUUUUCCUUGAGAACGUCAUCCGUGAUGCCGUCACCUACUGCGAGCACGCCAAGAGAAAGACGGUCACCGCCAUGGAUGUCGUCUACGCUCUGAAACGUCAGGGCCGUACUCUGUACGGAUUCGGCGGUUGCAGUAUUGACCAAUCAGAGGGCCCGUGCAAAGGGUAUAUAUUGCGAGGCGGUUUCUUCAAAUUCCAUAUUCUGUUCUACAGCAAAACAAGCAAGAUGGCACGUACCAAGCAAACCGCACGCAAAUCUACUGGAGGCAAAGCCCCACGAAAGCAGUUGGCCACCAAGGCUGCCCGCAAGAGCGCCCCAGCCACCGGCGGAGUCAAGAAGCCUCAUCGUUACAGGCCCGGUACCGUGGCUCUCCGUGAGAUCCGUCGCUACCAGAAGAGCACCGAGCUGCUGAUCCGCAAGCUGCCCUUCCAGCGUCUGGUCCGUGAGAUCGCUCAGGACUUCAAGACCGAGCUGCGUUUCCAGAGCUCUGCCGUCAUGGCCCUGCAAGAAGCCAGCGAAGCCUACCUGGUCGGCCUCUUCGAGGACACCAACCUGUGCGCCAUCCACGCCAAGCGUGUGACCAUCAUGCCCAAGGACAUCCAGCUGGCCCGUCGUAUCCGUGGCGAACGUGCUUAAACAGGGACUUGUCCCCAUCAACCAACCGGCUCUUUUCAGAGCCACCACAAAGUCAAAAAAGAGAUUUGAAUUCAUGUCUGUUAUUUUAAGUGUGUUACUAACUGGCCCACUCGUAUGAAAUAAACUUUUUAAUUACAAGUAGGCCCUACACGUAAGAAUUUUCCCACUCGCCCCGGUAGGCCUCGACCGUCAGCUUCUGAACUCGAGGGCGGAUCCAACCCCCCCAAAAAGGACCCUUUUAACUUGAUUUAAGUGACGUCGAAGUAAAGGCAGGUACAAC